AUGGAUCCAUUCGAAGUCCGCAUGCGCUUCAACAGCCAACUCCAACACCUCAACGCCUCCGUCACAUCCGCUCAGAAAGCAGCUGUUUGGGCCAUCAAGUACCGCGAAUGGGACGAAGACCUUCACUCCUGCAUCCUCGAAAACCUCGAACGCAACUCACUCAACAACCGCGCCAACAUCUUCUACUUCUUCGAAACCCUCUGCGAUGUCGCCUCAGCAGCCAACCACAUCGAAUUCGUCCGCAUGAUGGAAAGAGACAUUCUGCGCAUUGUCGAUCUCGUUGCUCCUGAGGAUGGCAGUGGUGCUGCUAAUGUCAAGGUUGUGCGCAAGGUCCUGAGAAACCUUGCUGGAAAGAAGUAUUUGCAGCAGCAGACGGUGGAUGAGCUGGAAGAUUGCAUCAAGGACCGCGAUAACAUUGGUGGUGUGGGUGGUACUGCAAGCCCAGAAGAAGCUGUCCGUCACAGCAAUGGAAAUGUCAGGGUGGAGAAGAGACAGGUCGAACAACGUAUCGAAGAGGACCGUGAGCGCCACAAGAGACUUAGAGAGGGCAUUUGGGCCGUGAACGAGGACGAAUUCGACAAGACCUGGGUUGAUGCUGCUGAUCUCAAUCAAGACGACUACCGUACUGCUAUGGAAGAAGAAGCAGAGCGUAAGCAGUAUGCCGGGCUCCAUCGAACGGAGCUACUCGGUGCUUGA